AUGCAUCGUGAGGGACUUUUGUUGAUGGCCUUAUCGAUGACGAUGAAAAAAGCACUAAGAAUUAGGCUGCCACAUGUCUUUCUGCGAUUUAAAAAGAAAAGAUCUUUUUCCGCACGUGAAAACAAUGAAGUGAUAUUUUUCCACUUUUUAGGAAUCACUUGUGACACAAGCGACUGGCCGCCUCCAAGUAAUGGACAGAUAUCCUCACCUUGUAACAGUCAUUCACAGGUGCACUCUCGCACUUAUUGCACGGUCACUUGUAAUCAUGGCUUUAAACUAAGCGGAUCUUCAGGCUCUGUUUGCGGUAGUGAUGGAGAAUGGGCUCCUAGGACGACCGCAAACUGCCAAGUUCACGAGUGCCAAGCCUUAAGUGCCCCGGACAAUGGCCAAAUCAGUCCUGAUAUUUGUAAAACAAAACCUCUCCAUGGUCAAGUAUGUUCUUACGGAUGUAGCCCAGGCUACGCACGCAUUGGGACUAGUUCAAGCACUUGUGACAAUGGUUACUGGACGCAAGGUGGAUUUUACUGCCAAGACAACGAAGCACCCUCGUUUGGUGAAACCUGUCCAUCUGCACAAAGUGUUUUCGCGGAUGAAGGGAAAACCUCAGCCACAGUAAUCUGGGGAAUUGUUACAGCCACAGAUAACGAUCAGUCUAAUGUUACUGUGUCUCCUGAAGUGACGUCACCACACGUCUUUUCUGAGGGAAGUCAUACCGUGGUCUACACUGCUACAGAUCCAUCAGGAAACACGAAACUCUGCUACUUCCAUGUAACUGUUCAAGUUCUUCGAUGUCCUGUGCUGUUUGCACCAGCAAACGGCAGACUGGAGAAUGCGGCCUGUGGAAAUGUCUAUGGACGUGUCUGCCGCUUAGCGUGUUACAAGGGGUAUGAAUUGAGGGGAUCUAUUGAGAGAAAGUGCGACAGGAUAGCAGGUACAAAUGUGGUACAAUGGACAGGAAAUACAACUUUUUGUGAGGCUGUUCAAUGUCCACCUCUGAAUACUUCCGACCACGCCAUUCAGUCCGGGUACGGCUGCAGUGGACCAAGCUCUAGCUACAGCACAUCCUGCUUUUUCAGUUGCAUGUUGGGAUACGAGGUUGUAGGGGGAUCACAGAAAAGAACUUGUUUGGAAACUGGACAGUGGAGUGGGACCGAACUUCAGUGCCAAGGUAGGUGGAAUGAUUUCUGUUUGUAAGAAAUGCGAUUGCUUUCUGUUAACUAUUUACACAUAAGUCUUUACCAAAUACAGUUCAACCUCUCUAAUACGGACACCGUAGGGACAGAGCGAAGUUUCUGUAGUAGAGAGGUGUCCGUUUUAAAAGGCCACUAUGAUGACUUCACUUUUAAGUCUCCACUGACAGUUUAGAGUGUCAAGUAACUAAAAUCAGGCCCAAAAGUGACAUGUUCUGGUUCUGGUAUCGCUGAAUGAGAAAGUGUCAAUGUUUGUGUAACCGCCGACAGGAAAUGGUACACACCGCAAAUUAUUGACACCUAGUCCUCCACCUGUAUGAAUUUGUUUCGUAGGACCAAGAUUUAGUGUCCGUUGUCCGUUUUAGAGAGGGUCCGAAUUAUAGAAGUUGUUUUUAGAGGAAAUGUACCAGAAUUUUGUCGGUAAAUAGGAAACGGUCCGUAUCAGAGAGGUGUCCGUAUGGAGAGGUUCGAUUGUAC